CUCCUCACUCCAAUCCAGGCCCAUCACCAUACAGAUAUCCCACCAGCCCAGGUAUAAUGCAGAGGAGCAACUUCGAUUGACCCCUUGGGUGGCCGUCUGCCUCGCCGCCGGCGAUCAUCGGCAAAGGCUGCUCCUGCGUCUGCGCUGUGUUAUCCGAGCACCCGGGGGCUCGUGCUUAUGUUGAGGGGAUCGCGUGCGUGGUGACUGCCUGCUGUAGCCGCGCUGUGUGCUCGUCGCGAAGGCAAGGUGUUCGAUGGAAUGCCUCUGAGGCGAACGCAUUGCUUGGUUUUGGUGUUUACUUCACAGAUCAGACUAGCUGAAAUAUUUUUGCAAGGCUCUCAGCGAGAAACUUUCAUGUGUUGUCUUGCUUGUAGCUUAGCUCGGUGCUGAACCUGAACCCCACAAAGAAGUAGCAGCAGCAGCAAGCAAACGAGAUGAAGUUCAGGAUUGUAUGCAGGAAGCUGUACGACUACGUGCGGUACGACCUCAAGGAGAUCGCCUUCCCGUCGUCGCUGCCAGACCCACCGCACAUCAAGAAGAGGCCCAAGCUCACGUGGCACGACCGCUGGUGCAUCCUCAAGGAGGCCACCCGGCUGUACGGCGCGUCCUGGGUCAGGGACAUCGGCCCCGACCUCAGGCCGAACGACUACAGGGAGGAGGGGACCAACGAAGACGAUGACUCAGGCUCCGACCCCAGCUCUGGCAACGAAAAGAUGGGUAAGAAGAGCAGCGAGCCCAGCGUGCUGGAGGAUCUUGCGGUGGCGGCGAGGGGCGGCGCGGAGACGCUCAAGCCCACGCUGAGGCGGAUUUACAUGACCCGCGCGUCGACGUACACGAACGCGAUGAAGAAUUUCGUGGAGACGUAUCAGCAAGGGCUCAAGGAUCAGCUGCAGCAGGAGAAGGCUGAUGAUGAUGAGGAAGGUGGUCGCCAGCAACAGCAGCAAGGCGACGAGCCAACGAAACAAUCACCACCUCCACCACCAGCAUCAUGAAUCCACGAUCUUAUUUGUUGCUGUCAUGUGAUUCAGCUCAUGUAGUUUCUAGAAUAAUUCUCAUCUUGUGUAGCUUGUUUCGUGGGAAGUGAGUUGCCUGAGACUGUAUCAUUCAACAAUACCGUAGAGGCACUGGUGCUCGUUCGUUCACUUGAUAAGCAAAACUGGAGGAGGUCCUCCUUUGCUUAUCUAUGUAAUCGAAUUCUACCGGUCUCAUCUAUUUCUGGUGGAAUGUAUGGAAGGAAAGGAAUCGACGCAUUUUUCAAGCAUAAAGUCUAGAUCCGGAAGCAGUGGCAAGGAAGGCAAAAGAAAACAUCGACCAAAGGAAAAUAGCUUGGAACUCUUGAGCUGCUUGUAAGUGUGUCGUUGCACUUCCUUAGCUGUUUUUUCUUCUUUCUUUCUUUUUUGAAGUGUGCUUUCGUUGUAGUGUUCUGGGCGUGGUGGGUGGCACCGGUGGCUGGUGCUACCUUUGGAUGUUGGUAUGUUUUUGUGUAGGUUCGGCCGUUCUUUCAAGCCGGACAGUGACUUUUUCUCUUGGUUUGUACUUGACUCUGGACCUUUUUCCUCCUAAUAUAAACCCGGCAAUUCUCUUGCCGUAU